AUGGAUUUAUUAUAAGACCCUAAAGGGGAUAGGCAAGUAAAUACAAUACCAACUCCACCACAUAGACCGUUAUGUGAAGAGUUACUGUUUAUAGAUGAGAAACCAAAUUGGAAGUUAUUGAGAGAACAUCUUUUUAAAGAGGGAAGAAUAUCAAAAGGUUAAAUUAUGAGAAUAGUAGAGAUGUGCAAUUAUCAUUUGAAAAAUGAAGGUAAUGUUAUUUAUGUGGAUGAUCCUCUUACUCUAGUGGGAGAUAUUCAUGGACAAUAUUACGAUUUAAUGAAAGUUCUUGAGAUGGGAGGGGAUCCUGAAUAAGGCAAAUAUGUAUGA